GCGUCCGGCCUCGCGGGCAAGGUCGCGUUCCCUGAAGGGAGGCGGGGCCGGUGGGAGUCCGCGCAGGGCCCCGAAGAUGUCGAAGGGCUCGGAGCUGCAGCGCGGCGAGGCGCCCAGAGCCGUGCUGGGCUACACGCCGGACGAGAAGCUCCGGCUGCAGCAGCUGCGCGAGCUCCGGCGCCGCUGGCUCAAGGACCAGGAGCUGAGCCCGCGUGAGCCGGUCCUCCCGCUGCGCAAGCCUGGGCUGGUGGAAGCUUUCUGGGAGCGCUUCCUGCAGCCUGGCGGGCUCUGGAGGCAGCAGGUAUUCAAAAGCUACAACUUUGGAAAAAAUUUUGUGUUUCGGAUACUUAUUCCUGCUUGGGUUAUCCACUAUUACGUCAAAUAUCAUUUAUUGAAUAGGCCAUAUGGAGUUGUGAUGUCCAAGCCCAAGCUAUUUCCAGGUGACACAAUACUGGAGACAGGUGAAGUAAUUCCCCCCUUGGAAAUACCAAGCAGUCAUCAUUAAGAGGCUGAAGAGCUCAGAAAGCUGUGGACAUCUGUCUUGCUUCCUGUAAAAUUAUCAUAGAGUUCAAAAUAUUCUAAUAAUAAAAGUUAUUAGGCUCAC